AUGACAACCGCACACAGACCCACAUGGUACAACGCCAUCGGGGGGGAAAACCAGGGUGGCAACCGCAAGGUGAGCCAAACCGCCAAGGUCUGCAGCAGGGACCUACCAGGGCACAUGAAAAUGAAGACCAGGGACUUGAGCGACUACGUGGAGGACAAGGAAGAGAUUAGGAAGAACCUCAUUCAGCUUGAAGGCGGAGCUACCGACAAGGACAACAAGCAUAGACUGCUAGCCAUCGAGAAUAUAAAGAAACUCACGAACCAUGAGUACAAAAACCCGUUUCCAGAGGACGAGGAUGAUGAAGUGGAGGAGGAAUGGACAUCACGCAAGCGGAAAAAGGGAAGGAAGGCAAAACGGAAGGAUCCAGCGCAAAGGCGCGCGAAGGGAAACUCGCCGGAAGGCAGUCAAGAGGGUGAUCAAUCAGGUGACAUUUCAGAAAAUCCGUCAGAUGGUUCGUCAGAUGGGUCGGCAGAAGACAGAUCAGAUGAUGAAUCGGAUGAUUCUUCCGAUGACGAAUCCGAGGACGAGGAGGAGAAGGAACUCCUGCGGGAGCUCGAAAACCUCAAGCGAGAGAAAAUGGAGAAGGAGCGACAGGAAAAGCAGGAGCAGGAGCUUCUGCAAAGCAGAAAGAACAAUGUUCUUACCAAUAAUCCGCUCAUAAAUCUGGAGGAUAAUAGCGAUAAUGAGGAAGCCGAAGGUAUGAGCAGAAAACGAAAGUGGACCGAGGAGGCCAUCUUCCGAAACACCUGUGAGAAGAAGGAGAAAAAAAUUACCUUCAUUAACGAUACCGUGCGCACAGCCUUCCACAAAAAGUUUCUCUUUAAGUAUAUCCACUGA